AGAGUUUUGUUGUGUUUGCACUGCGUUCGCACCCCUAGUUGCUAUCUCGCAUACUUUCCCUGCCGUCCUUUUUAAUUCUUUCAGUUUGUCACGCUCUUUUAAUACAACUGUUUUUUUGUUGGUGGAAUAUGUAUGGUUUGCAUAUGUUCCCGUCAAUGACCCUCAUGGAUUAUCGAACGCCGUCUAGCCAUCCCUCGCUGUUGUAUCAUUUGUUUGUAUCGUGGUUGGUGCUCUUUGAAGACCCAUUUACUAAAUCUCCACUAUCCAUGGGCGCCAUCCAGUCAUUGCUUGCGGCCGAACUUCCUCCGCAUUCUUCGCACAUCUCACAGACCCGCCCAUACGAACCAAUGGAUGCCUAUUGCAAAAUGCUCGGAUCUCUGAUCCAGAAGCGAUAUCAGGAAGCACUGAUGUACUGCACCCCCGCCACCUCACAACCGUGCCGCCGAAUCUACCGCAACUGGCAUCCAGACGACCAACAGCGGCAAGAAAAGCAGCUGGAACAUAUCCAGAGCCGCUUCCUCCUCUCAUAUCCCGCCGAAAAGUACAACCUCGUUCGUGACGAUGACCAUUCCCCCAUCGUCAAUCCGUUCUACAAUCUCUCAGGCCUCUUUUUCUGCGCGACUGGUUCGCCUCUGAACAGCGACUCAGACCCCACAGGCGCUGGCGCCGGUGGCCCAGUAGUAACAUCCCCCUACGGAACCACACGCUUCCAAGUCGAGUUUGGCCAGCUCCAAAGAGUCAUGUUUCCAAACUUCAAGCUGUAUUUUGCGGACCAUUACAAGGUUGUCGGAGACUGGUACAUUCAACUUGUUGUCGUGCCGAGCUGGAAUGUCAAGCUCGAGGAGCAGUGCAUCCAGCAGAACAUGAUUGAGCUCGAUAUCCAGUCCAAUCCCUUCUUUUACCGCGCAGACGAUGGUCAAUAUUGGGUCAGCAAUUCUCCAAAACUUUGGAUGGAGCUCUUCAUCGGAUGCGACACCAUUCCCACCACGGACCUCGGAGAGAUUGUCGAUAGUCGGUUGCACGAGAAGGUUCGCAAGACGAGAAAUCGCAUGACGGAGCAAGAGGAGCGAGAUAGACACGCGCGGGUGAUCGAAAACAUUGCCAGGGAUUUGGUCAAGCUGGCAGAGGGUCUGCGACAAGGCCUUGGCCCAAUGGACAGAGAACUGGUUGACCUGACCUACGGACUGUCCAUGGCGCGGACUCAGCUUGGAGUGAUGCAGGCGGGUCCUGCCACCACUGCAACAUCGGAGCUCGAGCAAAAAGAGGAGUCCCGCGAGGAAUAAGGACAUUGGCCAGUCCCUGUGCCUCUCCAAUGCAAUGCUCUCCACGACAGGCUGCUUUGCCACAUGCACUGCCAGCAUUUAUAUUUAUUGUUCUUAUUCUUGUUUCUUUUAUUUCCCGCUCCUGUCUGUUUGCUGUUUUUUGUUCUGCUCGCAUUCGCGCAUCAAC